ACAACCCAGUCGGGCAAGUUUUGCGCUUCAGCCGCUCGUUGUCAUUGGCAGCGCAGGACUGACCCACUUCAGUGUGUGUGUGAGUGUGUGUCUGUGUAUGAGUGUGUGAGAGAAAGUGUGUAUGUGUGUGUAUGGCGAGUAGAUGCGCUGGAACACAUAGCGAAACGAUGAACGCCGGUUUGACGCUGUUUGUUUUCUCGUUUUGCGGUUUCGGGCUCAUCGAGUCCGGUUCCUCUCUGCUAUCCUGCCCCAGCGGACAGUUCCCAUUGAAAAAUCAGUGCGUUUCGUGUCACCCGACCUGCGGCGAGUGUGAAGGUCAUGAGCUCUUCGAGUGCACAGCCUGCGCUUUGGAUGAAGAUGGAAAGGAGCGCUUCCUCUAUCAGGGCCACUGCAGACUUCACUGCCCACGGGAGUUUUAUGCGGACCGGGAUCAGUACACCUGUCUGCCGUGCAUGUCCAACUGCGAGAUCUGUGCUGAUGCCAGUGUGUGUGCCAAAUGCAGCGAGGGGUACCGGCUGCAGAGCGGCGUCUGUCUGACCGUCCUGUGUGGAGCUGGUCAGGUUCAAGACCCGGACACACAAGAAUGCAUCGACUGCGGUAUCGGCUGUAAAACAUGUUCCACAGACGAUCCGCAGGUCUGCAGCAGCUGCACAGACGGACACUUCCUAUACAGACAGCAGUGUCGUCAGCACUGUCCGCAGAGGAGUUUCGAGGAGCGCGCUCGAGGCCUGUGUAUCGCCUGUGUGGAGCCCUGUGUGGACUGCAGGAGCGAAUCGCUGUGUCUCACCUGUCAGACCGGAUACUUCCUCAACAACGGCACCUGUGUGAAGGAGUGUCCCGCCGGCUCCUAUAAAGACGUCAGAGGCUGGCGCUGUCAGGCCUGUCACCGCUCCUGUCUGUCCUGCCGUGGCCCCGGGCCCCGAGACUGUGAGCGAUGCAGUGGCUCCAUUCGCCCCCUGUAUGGAAAGUGCCCGCUUAUUAGCUGCCCGCCGGGACAAUACCUCGACGGGGAAAGCCGCUCCUGCCGGUACUGUGAUGUCUCCUGCUCCACAUGUUUCGGCCCGGCGGCCCAGAACUGCAUCUCCUGUGCUUCCGGGUUCAUGCUGGAGCAGGAGUCGGUGUGUGUGGAUGGAUGUCCGCUGGGUUUUUAUGGCAACAGCUCUAGUUUGCAGUGUGAACGGUGCGCUGAGAACUGCGAGCUCUGCCAGAGCGCAGACGAGUGUUUGACCUGUAAGAGCGACUCCUAUCAGCUCUACCUGCUGCAGGGAAACUGCUGGUCAGAGUGUCCAGAAGGUUAUUUUGAGACAAAAAUGGGGACAUGUGAACCCUGCGAUGGACUCUGUCUGACCUGUGAUGGCACAAGCACAGAGUGCCUUUCGUGUCGAGAGGGUCUUCAUCUGGCCAAUGGGCAGUGCCGCCAGAGCUGCGCCCCCAUGAGCUACGUGGCAGAAGACGGCACAUGCAGACGCUGUGCUCCUCACUGUGACGCCUGCACAGAUUACUCCAUCUGCACGAAGUGCAGUUUCCUCUAUUUGCUCUUAAACGGGGCAUGCAAGGCCGUCUGUCCGAAGGGUUACUUUGAAGACUUGGAUCAGGGGGUGUGUGUGAGCUGCCAUGCCACCUGUGCCACAUGCUCUGGUCCUCUUUCUGAUGACUGCGAGACCUGCUCUGUCCUCACACCAAAACUCUAUGAAGGCACCUGCUUGGAAAUGUGCCCAGGAGGCACUUAUUACCAGACCUCUGAUAAAGAAUGUCAGGAAUGUCACCAGACCUGUGCGCUUUGUGAGGGUCCAGAGCCCACCCAGUGUCUGCAGUGUGGAAAAGGACUGGUUCUGGAUCCUAACACCAUGAUGUGUGGGGUAACUGGGGAUUCAGACUGCCCUCCCAGAACAUUCCUGCAAAACAACCAGUUCACUUGCCAAGCAUGCCAUCGGCUCUGCCAGUCCUGUGAAGGCCCUGGACCCUUUGACUGCCAGACUUGUGCCCUGCCCAACUUUCUCAACAAUGGUUCAUGUGUGAGCAAAUGUCCAGCAGGAACUUACAGUGCCCAUGAGGUGGCUGACGGGGUAGAGCUGGGUUUCUGUAUGCCCUGUGAUCAUGUGUGUGGCACCUGUACUGGAGCAUCUCCCAGAGACUGUCUGAGCUGUGCACCAGGAUACCUUCAUCUUCUCUCUCAUCUCUGCGUUAUUCACUGUCCCACAGGGUACUACAGCUCAGGGGAACGCUGUGAAAAGUGCGACAGCUCCUGUGUACAGUGCUCAGGCCCGGGACCAGAUGCCUGCAGGGUUUGCACACCAACAAUGUUGGACCUGCAAGGCACCAGGCAGUGUGUGGAUCAAUGUCCGCAGCGCUUUUUUGAGAGUGGCCACAGCUGCAGACAGUGCCACACCAGCUGCAAGUCCUGCACAGAUAACACUCCUCAGGGUUGUGUGUCGUGUGACUGGGGCAGCGUCCUGCAGGAUGGGGUUUGUUACCCUCGCUGUGAGGAAAGCCGAUAUUACUCACAAGAUGGCGUCUGUGAACCCUGCGCCGGGUCCUGUAAACACUGCUCUGCCGCCGGGCCCCGCAGCUGCCUCACCUGCCGCCCAGGGUUCGCGCUUCAUGCCAUCGACAGCCAGUGUUUGCCCUGCUGCCAGUCAGAACAGACGGAGCAAAAAUGCUGUCUCUGCGAUUCCAGCUCAGCGUUGUGUCUUGAAAUGCCUGUACCAAAUGAAAGUCAGGACGACAUUAUUCUGAGGUCCAAAGCAGUCCAGCAUGCAUCCGCAGCCUUACCCGCAGCUCUACUACUAGCUGUGGUGCUAGCGCUAGUGGUGUUCGCCCUGGUGCAGGCAAGAGCCAAAAAAAGAUUAUGCUGGAGACGGAGCUAUGAGCGGCUGAGCGGAGUGGCCCGAGAAGAGCCCAGACCUCGACCGAUGCCACACGGUGUCCCAGAGCCGGAUGACAGCGGGGAUGAAGUGGACGUGGUCUACACUAGUCGGGACGGAUCAGUCUAUCGGCGCUACGGCUUUAUUCAUGAGCCGGACACGGAGGAGGAGCAAGACGAAGAGGACACUACUGAAAACACACACCUCAGCAGAGCUUAAAACACGGACGUUUAAUAUACAGUACUGCGCACAAGUCUUAGGCCACUAGAAACAGAUCCAGAAUCAGGAUUCAUUUUAGGAGUCAAAUAUAGCAAGUACCUUUGAUAUAUUUGUGGUGGAGUCCAGCAAAUGAUGCAUUGUUUUCUGCAAUGAUGAGACAAACAAAUGCCAUUACAAAGCAUGUAGUACACACACACACACACACACACACACACACACACCUACUUGAAGCGCCCUUUGUCUUUUCUUUAUUACAAACAGGCUCCAUUUUAAAAACAUUUUAAAUGUGUAAAACCUACGAGGGUGGCGCAGUGGGUAGCACUGUCGCCUCACAGCAAGAAUGUUGCUGGUUUGAGCCUCAAGUUUGCAUGUUCUCCCCAUGUUUGUGCAGAUUUCCUCCUGGUGCUCCGGUUUCCCCCACAGUCCAAAGAUAUGCGCUAUACAGUAGGUGAAUUGGGUAGGCUAAACUGUCUGUAGUGUAUGUGUGUGUGACUGAGUGUGAAUGGGUGUUUCCUAGUGAUGGGUUGCAGCUUGAAGGCAUCCGAUGUGUAAAAUACUUGCUGGAUAAGUUGGCGGUUCAUUCUGCUGUGGCGAGCCCUGAUUGGUGAAGAGACUAAGCCGCAGGGAAAAUGAAUGAAAACUGAUGAGAUGAUCACAGAGAGUUGAACAGGGCUUUUCAUUCAUUCAUUCUCUGCCGCUUUUCCUGGGCCAAGUUGGGGGUGCAUCAGUCUUAGGAGAGAACCCCAGACUUCCCUUAUCCCAGACACUUCCUCCGGGGGGAUCGUUUCCAGGCCAGCCGAGAGACAAAGUCCCUCCAGCGUGUCCUGGGUCUUCCCCGAGGCCU